GUCCCGUGUCUUUAAUAGGUAACGUCAGUUCAGACACUUUUAUCUACGGUAGCAGUCGUACGUGGUCUUCCUCCAAUCUCUGUGCCCUUGAAGAAUGGCUUCAGCUGAAGGUAUCGGCAACGCCGACUAUAAAUCUGCAACAUCCAUUUACGAUUUUACAGUAACAGACAUAGAUGGGAAUCAAGUGUCAUUGGAGAAAUACAGGAAUCAUGUCUGCAUUAUUGUAAAUGUUGCCUCAAAGUGUGGGUAUACUCAUGUAAACUACACACAACUGGUGGACUUAUAUGACAGAUUUGAGUCCAAGGGUUUGAAAAUUUUGGCCUUUCCAUGUAAUCAGUUCAUGUCACAAGAGCCUGGCAAUAGUGAACAAAUCAAGUGCUUUAUCUCUGGAUACAAAGGAGAUGGGAAAUUCGAUGUAUUUUCCAAAAUAAAUGUAAACGGAGAAGAUGCCCAUCCGCUCUGGAAAUACCUCAAAGAAAAGCAAGGCGGUUUGCUGAUUGAUGCUAUCAAAUGGAAUUUUACCAAGUUUGUCAUCAACAAGCAAGGGCAACCAGUGGAACGAUCUGCCGCCAACGUCAAUCCUUUUGACAUGGAAAAAACAAUUGUGAAGUACCUAAAUGAGUAACUGUCAUCGGUGUAGUUUCAUUUCCUCAUUAAUAUCACACUGCUACUUUUCCAUCGUUCUCGCUGAUAUCUUACAAUUCAAAAUUUUAACAAAGGAAAAUGAGCAGUGAAAUAGGAGAUUUGUAUUGCCGCGAUGCAUCUUACGUUGGUUGUUAAGAGAUUCGAUUUUUUUUUAAGGAAUUGCAGUAAUAUUAAAAAGGAAAAAAAAAUGUCGGAUUCAACAAUUACACCAGACAGCACAUACCGACUAUAUGGGACGAAAACAAAAACUUGUUACAGGUUAAAUAAUAUUAUGGAAAAUUCGGUCAAUAACAGGGUAUACAACAUCUGAAGGAA